AUGGCAAAAAUGACUAUCCUCGCUGCCGCCGCUGUUUUGAUGUUGAUGGACUGUGUCAGCUGUCAGACGUUGCUACCGGAAGACGAGGAGAGUGAAACAGAAGAACGGUCACAUAGUGAAAAGCUAUGCCCUGGUUCAGAAUAUUGGUGGAUAAUCAGGCAAAUGUUUACGGUGUUUACCAAGAUUAUUUGGUGGUGCAGAAGUACUCGAUACACUGAAAAUCAUUUGCGGGGACAUUCUUCAGUUUCGGAGAAAGAAAUAUCUCACUGGGACGCAGUUCAGGUAGAAAGAGUGACUGAGGAACCUCAGGAGUGCCUUUUGAAGUGA